AAAAAUUAUCGAAAUUGAUAUAGCUAUUAAUUUAUACGACAUAAAAAAAUAAAUAAAAAGGAAAAUUGGGAGUAUAAUUUGUUAGAAGAUGACUUUAAUUUUUUUCGUCCUUUUCGGUGCUGCAGCAGUAUUUGACGUCACUGAUUCCUCAUUGGAAUCCUGUUACAAGUGCGAUGAUGUCUCAGUGAAGAAGCCUGAAGAUUGCAUCACGAGAAAAGAUUGGUGUCGAAAUCAAGAGAGAUGUUUGCUCAUGACAUACUUAAACACCAACGAUGAAGCGAUCUAUGACGCUAGAUGCAGCACUGAGUUGGAGUGCUUCUCCAAAGCUGCGGAAGAAAGAUUGUGUGACCUGAAAAAGAACUGCACAGUUAUUCAUUGCUGUGAAGAUAAUUUGUGCAAUGCUGCUGAUGCAACAUGGAUUCGAUUUGACGUCAGGUUGCUGGCUUUCGUCUUCGUCGCAUUUUUCGUGCUUAUGUGGAAAUGAAAACAAAUUCGUGAAUAUUGUGCACAUCGAUGCACCUUCAUACAUCCGAUGCCGCACGUUAUUCUGCAUUGAUUGUUAAACGCAUGACGGGUUAUAUUAAUUUGCCGCUAAAAGAGUUAAUAUUAUAGGAUAUAAAACGCACAAAUAAACGCACUGUUCCAGAAACUGUAAUUAUGUAAUUAUGUAUUUAUGAUUAAAAAAUAAAUCGUUAAGCUUUACAA